AUGGACGAUGAAUUUAUAAAUGAUUCUAAUGAUGGAUUUGAAGACGAAAAUCCAGAGGAUCGAAAUCUGUGGCGGCUUGCGAAAAGGUACAUACGUGAUUGGGAAAAUCUCACGGAAUUUUACGAAGAUGUUCCUUUUCGGAAAAGGUACAGAUUCAGCAAAGAAGCUGUGAUCGAGACCUUAUUACCUUUGAUUGUUAAUGGAGACUUGCGAGGAUACAGCCAAGCAACAGUAUCGAGAAUUGUUGGACGAGUUUCCAAAAUUUUAGCAUCACACUUAAACAAAUUUAUUAAUUUUUCUACAGAAGAAAAACGUCGGAAUAAUAAAAAUAAAUUUUAUGAGGUGGCCAACUUUCCAUCUGUAAUAGGGUGUAUCGAUUGCACCCAUAUAUGCAUUAAGAAUCCUGGAGGGAAUUAUGGAGAGGUAUUCCGGAAUAGAAAAGGAUGGUUUUCUUUAAAUGUACAGGCUGUAGCUGGACCACAACGAGAAAUUCUUGAUCUAGUUGUCAGGCAUCCAGGUUCAACUCACGAUGCCGUAAUAUUUGAUCGAACCGGUCUGCGCUGUUGUUUCGAGUUAGGGCAUCUAGAUGGAAUUCUACUUGGAGAUAAUGGAUAUGCGUGCCGCAGAUAUCUAUUAACGCCUAUUUUAAGACCUGAGACAGACGCAGAACUUCGAUACAAUACUGCACACAAGAAAAUGCGAGUUAUCGUUGAACAAAUGUUCGGAGUUUGGAAACGUCGCUUUCCAUGUCUGUAUUAUGGCAUAAGAACAAAGUUGAGCACAUCGGUGGCAAUUGUUUGUGCUACAGCCGUUUUGCACAACAUAUGUAUUAAAUAUAAUCUAGGCGAAGUGCUCGAAGAGGAGCUAAAUGAACAAAUCUUUGAGAAUAUUGUAAAUCGAGAACAAGAUGGCAUAGGACUUGCGCAUAGAAAUGCUUUUAUUAUAAAACAUUUUUCGUAA